AUGUCGGACGUUGGCACGACGAAGCAGUUUGGAAAGGCCCAGAGGCUUGUGCCGUCCCAGAAGGCCCAGAAAUGGUACCCUGUUGAUGACGAGCUGCAGCCCAAGAAAGUCCGCAAGACUGUUCGUCCCACCAAGGUUCGCGAAAGCCUUCAGCCCGGUACUAUCCUCAUCCUCCUUGCCGGUCGCUUCCGUGGCAAGCGCGUCAUUCUCCUCAAGCACCUUGACCAGGGUGUCCUCCUCGUCACCGGUCCCUUCAAGAUCAACGGUGUUCCCCUCCGACGGGUGAACGCUCGCUACGUGAUCGCCACCAGCAAGCGCGUGGACAUCGGCAGCGUUGACAGCCAGACCGUCGAGAAGGUCUCCGCCCCCGGCUACUUCACCAAGGAGAAGAAGAACGAGAAGAAGACUGAGGAGGCUUUCUUCAAGCAGGGAGAGAAGCCCGAGAAGAAGAAGGUUGCCAGCGCCCGUGCUAGCGACCAGAAGGCUAUCGACCAGUCCAUCUUGGCCAGCGUCAAGAAGGAGAACUUCCUCGGCAGCUACCUCGCUGCCUCCUUCAGCCUCCGAAACGGCGACAAGCCCCACGAAAUGAAGUGGUAG